AUGGGCUCGGCGGGCGCCCGGGGGCGCGCCACGUGGGUGCUGGCCGGGGGCCUCCUGGCUGCCGCCCUGGCGCUGCCCGCGGGGUCCGGGGACCGAGGCCGGCUCCCCGCCGACCCGGGUCCCCUCCGGCGCCCCCUCGGUGCCCAGCCUCCCCAGGAUCCCCGCUCGGCUCCCGGGGCGGGGCCCGAGCAGACCGCGGAGGACUUGCCCCAUGGGAUUUGGCCCAGUGUGGAAAGCUCUCACUUUCUGACUGCAGUAGAAGCGCCAUUUGGAAUGAAAUUCAAUAAGAAAACUGAAGUCUUUAACCCACCCCCGACUUCUGCAGCCUCUAGUGGGCCAUGGAUUCAUUCCAUAUAUGCUUUUAUACGCUCGUGGCCCAAGAAGACCUUGUUUAAAAGAGAGUCUGCUGUAACACACCACUUGCAUGGAGACAUUUCAAGAGACAUUCAAGGAACUUCUGAGAAUGGAGUAAUUUUUCAGAAAUGUGCAGUGGUGUCCGUGCAGAGCGAGUGGCCAACAGCUCGUGUGCGACUGUUUGUGAACAACACCAGGACGCCCGCGGCUGCCAACCUCUCUGACCUGCUCUUACUGGACAACAUCACCGGCCUCACCGUUAGGGAAUCGGCUGGAAACCAGACCUCAAGAGGGUUCCAGGCUUUCAGGAAGAAGUUUCUGCAAGUUGGAGACUCCUUCUCCGUCAGCUACACAGCAUCGCUCGAGGCCAGAGACGUUGGGAGUGGAGAGGUCCUGAUGCUUCCUGCCCAGCUCUCCUUCCAGAGUUCAUCACUGAACAGAGCCCAGCUGAAAGCCCUUUUCACCAUAACAAUAGAAGAAAAGAUAACGGUUCUACCAAACCACGGCCUCCACGCAGCAGGGUUCUUCGUGGCCUUCAUCCUCUCCCUGGUGCUGACCUGGGCUGUGCUUUUCUUCAUGGUUCGAUAUCAGUGUUUGAAGGGAAGCAUGCUUACCAGACACCAGGUUCAGCAUCACGAGAGCAAGCUGGAGCGCUCCCAGUUCACCUCAGCUGAUGGUAUGAAUGAAGAUAUCGUGCUAAAUGACCAAAUGAUAGACAUUCUGUCUUCAGAGGACCCCGGGAGCAUGCUUCAAGCCUUAGAAGAGCUGGAAAUUGCAACCCUGAAUCGGGCAGACUCAGAUCUGGAAGCUUGUCGAACCCAAAUCAGCAAAGAUAUCAUUGCUCUUCUACUGAAAAAUCUGACCAGCAGUGGCCAUCUCUCCCCUCAGGUAGAGAGGAGGAUGGGUGCUGUUUUCAAAAAGCAGUUUCUGUUGCUGGAGAAAGAAAUUCAAGACGAGUAUGAUCGGAAGCUGGUGGCCUUGACAGCUGAGUGUGACCUAGAAACAAGAAAGAAGACAGAAAGCCAGUACCAGAGGGAGAUGGCAGCAAUGGAGGAAGCAGAAGAGGUGGUGAAACGUGUUAGUGAGAGGUCCGCUAUCGAAUGCAGCAGCCUCCUGCGGACCCUCCAUGGCCUAGAACAGGACCACCUGAGGAGGUCCCUUGCUCUGCAGCAGGAGGAAGACUUUGCCAAGGCCCACAGGCAGCUGGCCAUUUUCCAGAGGAAUGAACUGCACAGUAUCUUUUUUACCCAGAUAAAAAGUGCUAUUUUCAAAGGGGAACUGAAGCCAGAGGCAGCAAAAAUGCUGCUGCAAGAUUACUCUAAAAUACAGGAGAAUGUAGAAAAGUUAAUGGACUUUUUCCAGGCUAGUAAGAGAUACCAUCUCAGUAAAAGAUUUGGCCACAGGGAGUAUCUGGUCCAGAACAUACAGUCAUCGGAGACCCGUGUGCAGGGCCUGCUUAGCACUGCUUCUGCUCAGCUGACCCUCCUUAUCCAGAAACACGAGAGAGCGGGCUACUUGGAUGAAGAUCAGAUGCGGGUGCUCUUGGAGCGGGCUCAGACAGAAGUCUUUUCUAUAAAACAGAAGUUGGACAAUGACUUAAAGCAGGAAAAGAAAAAACUCCACCAAAAAUUAAUAAUUAAGAGAAGACGAGAGAUGCUGCAAAAGCACAAGGAGCAGCGGAGGGAGCGGCUGUCCAUCGCUGAAGCCUUCGGGGCGGCUGAGGAUGCUCGCCAGUACAUGGGCCAGUGGCGGAGCCUGGUGGCCGAGCACAGCGCCGCCCUGGAGGAGCUGCAGGAGCGCCUGGACCAGGCUGCCCUGGACGAGCUCAGGGCCCUGACCCUCUCACUGUCCGAGAAAGCCACAGAGCAGCUGCGGCGGCUGCAGAACUCGGUGAUGACCCAGGAGCUGCUCAAGCGCGGGGUCCCCUGGCUCUUCCUGCAGCAGAUCCUGGAGGAGCACAGCAGGGACCUGGCCGCCCGGGCCGAGCGGCUCGAGGGCGAGGAGAGGGAGAGGGGCCAGGAGGGCAUCCAGGGCGUGAGGCAGAGACUGAAGGACGAUGCUCUGGAGGCCUCCACGGAGGAGCAGGCGGAGCUGAGACACUGGGAGCACUUGAUCUUCACGAAGCUCUGGUCCUCUGCCUUCUCCCUGUCCGAAGAGGAGCUGCUCGGGAUGAGGCAGGAAGUUCACGGCUGCUUUGCUCAGAUGGACAGGAGCUUGGCCCUUCCCAAAAUCCGGGCCCGAGUCCUGCUGCAGCAAUUUCAAACCGCAUGGCGAGAAGCAGAGUUCCUGAAAUUGGACCAGGCGCUGGCCGCCCCUGAGCUGCAGCCACAGUCCAAGGCAAGGAAGCCACGCUCCAAGAGCAAAAGCAAGACAGACCUUUUAAAGAAGUGCACUGAAGAAAAAAUUCAGCUCUUUGAGGAACAGGCCCCCGAAGACCUGGUUGAAAAGGUCCGAGGAGAGUUGCUUCGCGAGAGGGUACAGCAGCUGGAGGCCCAGGAGGGACGCUUUGCCGAGUCCCUCGUCUCCCUGCAGUUCCAGAAGGCGACCAGGAUGGCCAAGACCCUGUGGGCGUACACUGCUCUCCUGACCAUUCAGGACCUGCUCCUGGAGGAGCUGAGUGCGUCAGAGACCCUGACCAAGUCAGCCUGCACGCAGAUCCUGGAGUCGCACAGUCCGGAGCUCCAGGAGCUGGAGAGGAAGCUGGAGGACCAGCUGGCGCACCAGGAGGCGGCCCAGCUGCAGCGGGCCCUGGAGAGUCGGCAGCAGUGGGCAGGUGAGGGGCCUGGGCUUCUGCACGAGCCGGAGGAGGAGACAGAUUCUGAAAGGCAGGUUUCGGCUGUCCUGCGACGGGCCCUGAGCAAGGGUCAGAAGUUACUGGAGCGUCACCAGCAGAGUUUGAGAGAGGAGCAAGAGAACAGUGUCAUGCUUGAAGAUUUGCUGGAGAAUAUGGAGACGGACACCUUUGUGACCCUGUACAGCCAGGAGCUGAGACUGGCGUCCUACCUGUCGAAGCUGACGAUGCUGCCGGGGAGCACGCUGCGUUGGCUCCUGAGCGUGGCUGUGCCUGCAGCCUUGCAGCCCGAGCUGCUCUCCUUGCUGGAUCCCGUGGGCCAGAGGCAUCAGGACCACACAGCGGAGAGUGACGGCGGCGGGGUGCAGGCUGACCUGGGCAGGAGGGGGAAACAUCAGGACUGGUGGCAAGCCUUUGAGAGCAAACUUCGAGGAGAACUGAUAAGCAGAGGGGUAGAAAAGAUGCUCUGGGCUCACAAGAGGAAGGAGAGCAUAUUAAAGAAGACGUGUCCCCCUCUCAGAGAGAGGGCGAUAUUCUCUGGAAAAGGAAGUUGGCCACACCUGUCACUGGAGUCCAUUGGUGAACUGGCCCCGGUGCCCAUUGUAGGGGCAGAAACCAUUGAUUUAUUAAACACUGGCGAAAAGCUCUUUAUCUUCAGAAAUCCAAAGGAGCCGGAGAUCUCACUGCACCUUCCUCCCAGGAAAAAGAAGAACUUUCUGAAUGCCAAAAAGGCCACUUGGGCCUUGGGCAUGAACUAG